AUGGGCCUCCCACCGACCCGCGCUCCGCAACGGCUAUAUUCCAGCUCGGCCUCGCCUUCCCCGCGCUUAAAUCCCUCGUCCUCCUCCCGGUCUCCCGCUCCCACUCCACUCGAUCGCCACCUCCUGCUCCCCAACGGCUACUGUGCCAUUCAAUCCCUCCCAAUCUCCUCCUCUGACCCGGCCAAUCCAAUGGCGACCACGCCGGCGCGGCAAUCGCAGAGCGGCGGCGGAGGCGGCGGGACGGCGGUCUCGGUGCAGCACGUGGCCAAGGCCUCCUCCGACGAGCUGCUCCGCAAGUUCGCCGACCCGGACGACGACGCCAAGAAGAGUCUGACGCCGCCGCGCCGCAGCCUCGCGCUGCGCCGGAAGCGCUCGUCCCGCCGCGUGGCGUCGGGGCUCUCCGCGCGGGACUCCGACGCGGCGGGCACGGACCUCGCCGCGCCCAAGCGCCGGCGCAGCAUCGGCGGGUCCACGGACUGGAGGGCCGGGCUGCUGCUGCCCACCACCACCACCGGGCCGUCAGCCGUGCGCAAGGGCGCCGGCGCCGGUGGCGCGCGCCGGGGUGGUGGUGGUGGUGCCGGUCGGCUCGACGAGGCUGGCAUCGCCCUCUUCCUCGCCGCGCUGGAGCGGACGUGGAGGAAGACGGUGCGGGGCGCGUCCAAGAUGUUCGUCGAGAGGCACCGGACCAGCCACGUCCAACUCAUCAGCGACAUGGUCUGA